AUGUUCGGGUUUGCGGGUCCACUUCCAGGGCCCCAAAGGCCGGACGGGGGGUUUUGGAGGGGGCACAAUUUUCGCUCCCGAAGCCGUCAAAUGAAAACCGGCCGAGCUAGAACCGAAAAACCGGUAAAAAAACGCAGUCUCAACAAAGUGUCAAUCGAAUGUACGAAUUGGCAGCCCGGAACGAGAGCACGCGCUCCCAAUCUGGCAGCUAGUCAUUACCGAUGGGAGCAGCAGCAUCGGGUUCCAGCCAAGCAGAGCCCGGAAAACUGA